AGGGCGCGGAGACGUGAGGUCAGCACCUCGACCUCCCAAGGGCCAGAGGUCAGAAGAGCGCUUUGUCCCCAAAGCGGGCUCCCCAGUGGGGGCGCCCCAGCUGACCCUCCAGGACAGAACGUGACUUCCGCAUUCCGAAUCUAAAACCUGCAGCGGCCAGGUCAGGUGGUCCCCGCCUUUCAGGUUACAGACCUCUCGCUGUCUGCGCCGCGGGGGCUCCUUGGGCUUCAGUCCAGGCCCUGAAUGGCUGGUCUCCAGUUGGUGCCACCUCUGCCUGUGGGCGUUAUGCUCCCAUAUAAUAAAAUAGAAGCUCCAGGGCUCCACUCAGCCAAGCAAGACCCCUGUGAAAAAGGUGACUCUUCCCAGCGGUCCUUGAUGGGGCACCUGAGGAACAAUUUCCAGCAGAAGCUUUUGAGCAACAAAGAGCUGACACUGGAUAAUCUCUAUACUCACCCCAAAUGGAACACCUGUACAGAAGCCCAGAGCCACACCUAUCCCCACUGUGCUGGAAUCAGCCAGCAGGAUUCAGGAAGCAAUACCCAGGGCCAAACAAAGUGUUUGUGUUACUCAUCAAGCCGUCAGUCCCGGUAUCCCAAAGCAAAUAACCAGGACUUCAUCCCCUUUACAAAGAAGCGAGUUGGGGUAGACCGGGCAUACCCACUGAAGCCCGUGUUCCAUCGGAAGUCUCGUAGUACAGGUGAGGCUGGCACUGAUGGGGACCAGAAUGUCUCUCCACGACCCCCUGAGCCAAGAGAGUUUUUAUACAGCAGCUUUGAUUCAAGAAACUGGGUGAACACAUCUGUGGCUGGCACUGUUGCUGCCAUGCAGGGGGAGAGGGCCAUGGCAAACCUCAACAGGACUUUGUGGCUGCAGAUCCAAAGACUAGAGGCUGCAGGAGAGAGCUUAGAGGAGGAAAUCCGAAGAAAAGAGACCCUCCUGAGGCAAAAGCUGAAGAAGACAGAGGAGGAACUCAGAAGGAUUCAAAAGGAAAAGGAACAGACAGAGGAAAAUGAAAAAGGAGAGCUACAGAGAAAGACACUCCCCAGGAGAAGAGUCAAAGGUAAUAGCAACACCACAUACAAACCUCUCUUCUCCCCAGAAUUCGGGUCUGAGGGGGUCUUCAGUAGAGACAGGGGAGAGGAUGAAACUUGGGUACGGUCUCAAGAAAAUUCUAGUCCAUUCCAGUUCUCUGAUUAUGGAAUACAGAAGCUCAAAAGAGAAAGACUAGGGGCAAGCAAUAACAAAAUCCGAGACCGAGUCUCAGGGCCAUUGAAGGCGAAGUUUUCUCAGCCUUCAGAAGUGCCAGGCAGUGCUUUGCAGGGAUCCACCAGCAAUUCUAGCUUGUCCGGGGCACCAGACUCCUCAGGUCCCAGCUGUCCCACUGAAGAGCCAGAACUCGGCGAGUGCAGCCACUGUGGACGCAAGUUUCUCUUGGUCAGGCUGGAGAGACACUCCAAUGUUUGCCGCAGGAUGCAGAGUUCCAAGAGGAAAGUGUUUGACUCAUCCAGGGCCCGGGCUAAGGGCACAGAACUAGAGCAGUACUUGAACUGGAAGGGACCAGCCUCAGUCAAGGCUGAACCCCCUCAGAAGAGCAACUGGAGACAGAAGCACGAAUCUUUCAUCUGUACCCUCCGUCAGGCUCGAGAGGUCCAGCAGGUAAUUGCCAGGCAAGGUGGAAAGCCCUCAGACUUGCCUCCCAUCCUGCCUGCAGAAAAUCCAGACUACAUUCAGUGUCCUCACUGUAGCUGCCACUUUGCUCCCAAGGUGGCCGAGCGGCACAUUCACAAGUGUAAGACCAUCAAGAACCAUCCUCCGCCUCCAAGGAAGCAUUACGGUUGAGCAAACAACAGUGGAAAUCUCUGUAGUUCCAAAGGCUCUGCCUCCCUUCAGCAGUAAACAGGAAUAGAACAAUUUGAUGCAAAGCAGAAAGAACUAAAACUUUUACAGCUCCCAGAUCUGCCUGCAGAGCUGAAUUCAGUGAGGAGAGACCCCUUGCCAAGCAGCAGAAGGCAGCAGGAAGCCUCAGCUUCCCACUAAAUUACCACCUCAGGCUGGCGUGCCUUAUGUUAUUGCCCUAAGAACUGAUGAGUGAAGACACUUAAGAGUAGCAAGCAGGCUACAUUAAAGCUCUCUUCUC